AUUAAAUAUUGAACGUCCAUUGACAGUAAACAACGUAUUCAGCGCGGAGCUUAGUCAAAUUUGGAAACGAAUAUUUGAAAGAAUCAUUGGAAAUAGAUUCUGCAGGUAGAAAUAAUGAGCUGCGGCAUGUAACCUCCUUCACUCUCUCACCCUGAUGAUUUCUCCUCGAAUCGAAACAAAUCCGAAAGGGAAAAAUCAUCCAGACCCAAUUAUACAAUCUGAAAGAAAACUAUAUUUAGAUGAAAAUCCAAUGUAAGCCAGGCGCCUCUCCUUGACUAAUGAUCACAAAGCUUGCUGACAAAAAAUAAGUCAGCGGUCAUAGGUUUCCUGUUUUAUAUUAUUACUGCAUGUUCCUUUGAUAAAGAAACAAAUUACAACGACAGAAGAAGCAGCGAGGGAGAGAGAGAGGGAAAGGGAGAUUGGUCGUCCAGGAAGCAAGGGAACGGAGAGCUUUCGAUUGGUCUUCUGGGUUGACAAAACGACCACGAACCAAUCUCUUUUGGGGCUUUAAAGUCUUCCAUUGUUUCAUUUUGUCGUGCCAAAGAUGGUUUCUGGCACUGAAAAAAUGGCUCUUCCAUCUCAUACGGUUAAAAAUGGCGGCGUUUUGGUUGAUUCAGGCCAGUCUCGUCUCAAAGAGCUUGGCUACAAACAAGAGCUCAAGCGCGAUCUAUCGAUGUUUUCAAAUUUUGCGUUUUCAUUUUCGAUCAUAUCAGUGCUGACCGGUAUCACCACUCUUUACAACACUGGGUUGAUUUUUGGUGGAUCUGUCUCUUUGGUCUAUGGUUGGUUUAUAGCUGGUGGUUUCACCAUGUUCGUUGGGUUAUCAAUGGCUGAGAUCUGUUCCUCGUACCCAACUUCUGGUGGCCUUUAUUAUUGGAGUGCUAAGCUUGCUGGCCAAUAUUGGGCACCCCUUGCCUCUUGGCUCACAGGCUGGUUCAACAUUGUUGGUCAGUGGGCUGUUACAGCAAGUGUAGAUUUCUCACUUGCACAACUAAUUUCGGUGAUCAUUCUCCUUAGCACAGGUGGAAAAAAAGGUGGUGGAUAUGAGGCGUCUAAAUAUGUAGUCAUAGCUUUUCAUGGGGCAAUCCUGCUGAUACAUGCUAUAAUAAACAGUCUUCCCAUUUCAGUUCUAUCAUUCUUUGGACAGCUGGCUGCUGCAUGGAAUCUCAUAGGUGUUGUUCUUCUUAUGAUCCUCAUUCCCUCGGUUUCAACAGAGAGGGCUAGUGCCAAGUUUGUGUUCACUCAUUUCAACACCAAUAAUGGUGAGGGAAUAAACAGUAAAGUCUAUAUUUUUGUUCUUGGACUUCUAAUGAGUCAGUACACCCUUACUGGGUAUGAUGCAUCUGCUCAUAUGACAGAGGAAACCAAGAGUGCUGAUAAGAAUGGACCAAAAGGAAUAAUUAGUUCCAUUGGGAUAUCUAUUAUUUUUGGAUGGGGUUACCUACUUGGCAUCACCUUUGCAGUAACCAACAUACCAUUCCUUUUGAGUGAAGAUAAUGAUGCUGGAGGUUAUGCUAUUGCUGAAAUAUUUUACCUAGCAUUUAAGAAUAGAUAUGGCAAUGGCGUUGGGGGAAUUAUUUGUUUGGGAGUGGUUGCAAUUGCCAUAUUUUUUUGUGGUAUGAGUUCUGUUACUAGCAACUCGAGGAUGGCUUAUGCAUUCUCGAGAGAUGGAGCCAUGCCAUUGUCAUCUUUGUGGCAUAAAGUGAACAAGCAGGAGGUUCCUAUAAAUGCAGUUUGGCUCUCUGCAUUUAUCUCAUUUUGCAUGGCACUAACGUCUCUUGGAAGCUUGGUGGCAUUUCAGGCCAUGGUAUCUAUUGCAACAAUUGGACUCUACAUUGCUUAUGCCCUGCCAAUCUUCUUCCGGGUGACUUUGGCACGCAAAUCCUUCAGGCCAGGACCCUUCAACCUCGGCCGCUUUGGGAUCUUGGUUGGUUGGCUUGCAGUCAUUUGGGUGGCAACCAUCUCAGUCCUCUUCUCAUUGCCUGUUGCCUAUCCAAUCACCUCUGAGACACUCAACUACACUCCUGUUGCUGUUUGCGGUUUGCUCGUUCUUACUGUUUCUUCUUGGAUCAUUAGUGCUCGGCAUUGGUUUACAGGUCCCAUAACCAACAUAGAUAAAUGAAAUUGUGUACGUAUGCACUGAAUUUUAGAUUUCAGCGUCUUAGGAUCGACAUGAUCAUUAGAAUUUAAUCUUUUCUCAUCAAGCUCUGGCAAUAAAACUUUUGUUGAAUUUCCCAAUAUUCUUAGUAGUUCAAGAAAUUUGAUUUAGUUGUGUUCAUGACUUGAUGACCUUACAGCGCAGAAAAUAUAUUGCUUCUUUGAUCA